GGUGUCAUUUCCUGUAUCGCUCGUGCUGUGCUUAACCGGAGUUUUGAAUCAGUGACCACAGGAAUUCUCAAUGGCGUCCACGGGAGAGCAGAAAGAAGUGAAAAUGAUUUCAGAACUGUCCAACAAAGUACUUCUCCAGUAUGAAAGCCUCCAAAAAGAAUAUGAGAAAAUCAAAAAGGAGUGUAAAAAAAUGCAAGAAGAGAGAGAUGAGUCCUUAAGGAAGCUAAAAGAAUUUGAACAAGUGUCACACAGGGUGAUCGAGGAGGUGAACAACAUUCAGGAGAAUCUUGAGAUCGAGAAGACAUGCAGAGAGAGUGUAGAAGCUUUGGCCUCAAAGUUGAACAGACAGAACCGUUCUCUGAAGAGGAAGAGUAUGCUCUUUAUGUCCCGCCUUGGUGCUGAUGUCAUCGCUGAGAUCAGUCUGAAUGAUGAGGAUGAUGAAGAUCCACAGGAGGAGGAGUCAGGUGUAUGUAGCUCCUCCCACUGUCAGAUUGUCAUUACAGAGCUGAGGGAUAAACUAGAGGCGAUCCUGGCUGAGAAGAAGCAGAUUGUGAUCGAUCUGGAGACGACAAUAGAGCAGCUCUGCCAAACUAGACAGGAACUCCUGAAAGAGAAGCAUGAUAAUACUGUUUUAAUAGCUGAAACAUUCCAACAAAAGAAGCUCUUGGGAAAAUACAACAGAGUUUCUCAAUAUGCUCUAGAUGAGUUUGAGGCCUUGCAGGAUGAUCUAAAGCUUGAGAGGGACCUGCGUUCUGAAGCAGAGAAGUUUGCACAUGAGAUGCUAGUAGAACAGAAGAAGCUGAAAAGACAAAGCCAGAUGUUGAUCCAGAGUGUGUCUCCAACAGAAGCUCUGCAGAAAGCUCUGGCAGAGAUCAACACACUCACACACACUUUAGAGACACAGAGACUUGAGCAUCAACAGCAGGUGAAGGCUCUUGAAGAGCAGAUACAUGGCAGUGAAUUAAAGAAGCAGCUGACAGCGUUACAGAGACAGACUGAUUUGCUGGAAGAGGAGAGAAAAGAGUGGCAGCACAAACACUCCAAAGCUGAAACCGAGGCUAAAGACCUCAGAUUCACAGUGGAGGAACUGAAAAAGAAGCUCCAGCAGGUCUCCAACCCACCACCAGCUGCCCCAGGACCCCCUCCUCCACCCCCGCCCCCACCUCCUCCACCUCCACCGCCUGCCUCUUCAAGCAACCCACUCAGCUCAUUACUCUCUAUGCUUCGUAAGAAAAAAGACGUGAGCACUGAAAUUGCUUUAGUGGAGAAGGACUCCUCUGAGAAAACCCCAGAGAAGGACAUCAGACAGGAAGCUGUGGAUGAGAUGAUGCAGCGCAUCAAAAAAGGAGUUCAACUGCGACGUGUUUCCCAGAGAACCCACAGAGCCAGACCAGGACCGAAAGAAGGGACAAAUUCUGCCAUACAGGAACUUCAGGGAAUCCUGAACUCCGUCAAGCGUCCCGGCUCCUCCUCCUCGCCUGGGACACGCCCUCCAUCGCCAUCACAGAAGUCUGAGCUGGAGAAAGCCCUGGAGAGACGGAGGGGAGCCCUGAAGGCUGCAAAGAAUAACACGAAUUCCAGUACUGCUCUGGAUCUGCCCCAUAUUAAGCAAACCCAGCCAGAACCAGGCCAGAACACAAGGGACCAGGACACACCGCAACACACAACAACCAAAAUAUGCACUGAUCAACUCAAGCCUUCAUAGGAGCUCAUAGGUUGUAAAUCUGGAGCACAUGGGAUGAAAAAGUCUUCAGGAAUGAAAAUGCUGACACAUGACACAGACAAUUAACUUAAUAUUGUGGACAAUCACACAAAAUAAUUAAAUGGUGGGCAAGUCAAUGUGGAAAUGUUCACUGUGA